AUGAAGCGUACAUAUUUAUGGAAUCCAUCAAUCAGGAAGUUCAAGAGACUUCCCAAAAGUCUCAAUCGUGACAAGUAUCGUUACAGCAUCGCUACCAUUGCUCUUGGGUUUGGACUCGAUGUUGGUGGAAAUGACUACAAAGUUGUGAGAAUUGCGAGGUUUUCGCACGGCAUAUGUGUCGAGGUUUACAGCCUUGGGUUGGAUUCUUGGAGAAUAAUCAAUGCGCUUCCCCCUGUGACAAGCGACGUUUGGAAUGAGAAAUGGGCUUACUUGAAUGGAGUUGUGUAUUGGAUUGUACAGGAGUUUUCUCCAGAUUGGAGAGACAUCAUUUCUUUUGAUAUGGAGAAUGAGGUUUUCCAAAGGAUUAUGCUUCCUGAUAGACUGCUCACAGUGACAGAUUCAAUUUCCAUUAGGGUGUUGGAGAAAUCACUUUCUUUGUUCCAUCAUAGAAAAGAAUGGGAUCGUGGGUACCGUUACUACUAUGACAUAUGGGUUCUGGCAAUGGAUUCCUGGAAAAUGAUUCCCACGAUUUCUCUUCCGGCAAAGGGAAAAAUUGCAUGGCCAUUGGCAUUUACAGCAAAUGGCGGUGUUCAUUUUACAACGAGAUACGAAAAUUGGCAACACAGAAAGUUAGAGUUGUGCGAUCCUAAAUCGGAGCAAGUUACGGAUACUGGAAUAAAACUUGGUACCUAUAGCAGAACCAGAAGGAGGAUCUAUGGUUACAGUGAGAGUCUAAUUUUACUCAACUGA